AUGGCUGACGCUUUGGAUUUGGUGAACAGAGAUCCCAACAAUCUCAAUGACCACAUUAAGGUCUGUUUCGAGGAUGUUCUAGGAGAGCCCGAGGGUGCCCACGCCAUUGACUGCGUCUGGAAGCUCGCCUACACCUGCUUUAACUGCUGGCUGGGACUCUGCUACAAGAUCUCAACCCUCCUCUGUGGUAUCUGUAUCGCCGCCGAGUGGGGCUGUGCCUUCGCCGAGAUCGCCUUCUAUCACGUCUGGUUCAUCACCCCAUCUCUCAAGUACUGCGAGCUCAACUGUGCUGUCUGCAUCAAGCUAAUGAAGACCUGUACCCAGUGCUGCUGUGAACCAUGCUGUGAAGCCUUUGGAGCGUGCUUCAAGAACUUCAAGAAAUAA